AUGGGACAAGCUAAGGAAAAGGGAAAGCGUGGGCUAUUAUCCCUCCGAAUUCAAAUUCAAAUUCUAACUCCUCCGGAUCCCAGAAUCCACCCUUCUCUGUCGUGGUCACGCUCCUCUGACUUCAUCUCCCAAACACGAGCAAUGCUCUCAAGAUCCGCCGCAUCGCAGCUUCUCUCCACCGACGACGACGACGACGAUUUUCAAAUUCCCCCAACUCUAACCCUUUCAGGUUCUCUAAAACCCACCUUACGCAAAAACCCCCUCAAACCCUCCGACACUCCCCACCCUCCUUUCAAGAAACCCAAACGCCACUCUAACCGUGAAAAACAAAACGCCGCAUUUUUCACCGUUCCGAUUACCCGAUCCGAAGAUCUCCCCGAUCUCGACGAUACCUGCAGCUUGGAUUUAAUACCUUCCAGCGUCGAUUGUAGUUUUAAUUUGUCUUCUGACCAAAACAGGGGAUCUGAUUCUAUAAAAUGUGAUGAGAAGAGAGAGGAGCUACUGGAAUGGAAUGAGGGUUAUCUAUGUAACUCAUUAGAGUCGAGAUUAAUAAGGCCGACAUCAGAAUUAAUCGAGGAAUUCGGAGAAGAUUUCGAGGAAGAUAACGGGCUUGAUGACUUACUUAAGCUAUGCAAUGAAGUGGAAGAAGAGGAAAAGGAAAUAAAUGGUUUAGACAACGGUUCAGUUCAGUGUCCACUUUGUGGGGUUGAUAUUUCGGAUUUGAAUGAAGAGCAGCGGCUAGUUCACACCAAUGAUUGUCUCGACAAAGUGGAGAACCCGGCUCAACCUGUUCUUAUUCUCCCUAGUGUUGACAGGGAACUGCAAUGCCCUCCUGAGGUUAUCGAUGGUCCCCCUUUGUCUCCUCCACAAGUUGUUGAUGUCUCCCCUGUUGUUAAAUGGCUGAGUAAUCUUGGUUUAGCAAGAUAUGCUGAUGCUUUUGUCCGAGAAGAGGUUGAUUGGGACACUCUAAAGUGGCUAACUGAAGAGGAUUUGUUCAGCAUAGGUGUUACUGCACUUGGCCCUAGGAAGAAGAUUGUGCAUGCUCUUAGUGAACUCAGAAAAGGGUGCUCCUAUUCAGCUGAGACACAUGUGGGUCAUUCCAGUCAUGAAAAUGAAUCAGCCAAAAGCUACAGAGCGAAGAUGCAAACUGAGAUUUCUAAUGUUAUAGACUACGAAACUAGUAAACCAGCUGCAAACAAGUUAAUUACAGAUUUUUUUCCUGGCUUGGUUUCUGAUAGGAAGAAAGUUUGCGCCCCACCAAGAGGACAGAAUGUAUCAGGCAAAGGUCAUUCAGAUUCCAGUCGUAGAUGUGUGCAGAAAAAUCAUGUUAAAAACACAAAACUAAAAGAUAUUCCCACAUGGUGCUGCAUUCCGGGGACACCAUUUCGAGUGGAUGCUUUCAAAUACCUUAGAGGAGAUUGUUCUUACUGGUUUCUCACGCACUUCCACAUGGACCAUUAUCAAGGUUUAACAAAGUCCUUUCGUCAUGGUAAGAUUUACUGCUCCUCAAUCACAGCACGGCUUGUAAAUAUGAAGCUUGGAAUCCCAUGGGAAAUGUUGCAAGUUUUACCCCUCAACCAAAAGAUCAAUGUUUCUGGUAUUGACGUAACAUGCUUGGAUGCAAAUCACUGUCCAGGAUCCAUCAUGAUACUCUUUGAACCACCAAAUGGUAAGGCUGUUCUACAUACAGGAGAUUUUCGCUUUAGUGAGGAAAUGGCUGUCAUGUCUCUUUGGCAUGCCUGUCCUAUACAUACUCUCAUCCUUGAUACAACUUACUGUAAUCCUCAGUAUGAUUUCCCAAAGCAGGAGGCUGUAAUACAGUUUGUCAUUGAGGCAAUCCAAGCAGAGGCUUUCAACCCUAAGACACUUUUUCUAAUUGGCAGCUACACAAUUGGAAAGGAAAGGCUUUUCUUGGAGGUUGCUCGUGUCCUUCGUAGAAAGGUUUAUAUCACUACAGCAAAGCUCCGUCUCUUGGAAUGCUUGGGGUUCUCUGAGGAAGAUAUGCAGUGGUUCACAUGUAAUGAACAGGAAAGCCAGAUCCAUGUUGUCCCUAUGUGGACACUUGCUAGCUUCAAACGAUUGAAACAUAUAUCUAAUCAAUAUGCGAGUCGAUUCAGUCUAAUAGUGGCUUUCUCUCCCACGGGUUGGACAGUUGGUAAGGGGAAGAAGAAGUCGCCUGGGAGAAGGUGGCAGCAGGGUACCAUCAUAAGGUAUGAAGUGCCAUAUAGUGAACAUUGCAGCUUUACGGAGCUCAGAGAAUUUGUGAAACUUUUAUCUCCCGAAACCAUAAUUCCAAGUGUAAAUAAUGAUGGACCAGAUUCUGCCAAAUCCAUGAUUUCCCUCUUGCUGCCUUGAUUUGUUGUCCACUUGGUCUUUCAAGCUGUAGGACUAUGUCGUUUGCUCCAGUUGCAGUUCCACAUUUACAAAGUGAUAGAAUUGGGUGAACAUCCGAUUUUGCCCGAGUUAUUAUGUACUAAUUGGUUCUGUAGGCAGAAAAAUUUGAUGCAAGGUAAAACUAAUUUAUAAUUUGAAUAGAUUAAAUUAUAAACUGUAUAGUUAAUUACUGACAAGAACAGAGGGCUUCCAUAUUGAAUAAGAACUGUGUUAAAGGUUUUUCUUGUUUUUGUACCAUGAAUGCCGUUUGUUGCGAAGAAAAGCCAGGAGGUUCACACUCGUAUGCCAUGUGUUUUAUUCUGUUGCUCCAUUUGCGGCACUAAUUAAUCGUAGGGACAAUCCUUCACCACUUCAACCUUCCGCUCCAUCUUCAUGUUCGGGGCUUCAUUUUGUAUAUGAAGGACUUGUUACCCAACUUCCGCAUUGAUAUACGUAAGAAAUGACCCAAUAAAUGGUGACGAACUAACGAUUGUAACGCAACGUAAGCAAUGCAUUGCAUGCUUUGACUUCAAAAAAUUUGGCUAUUUAUGUUAAUGUACCUCCGCGGUUUGACCCCUGGUCACCACCCCCCAGUAACAGAUUGUCUGUCGUUUCGUCGCGUUUAAUUGGAUUUAAACGGCGCGUGAGGUCUGAUCUCGUGCCCCGUCCGAACUCACCUUUCUUCACUUGACAACUUCCAUUUUGCUGUCGAUAUCGAUUUGAUUUUUAUUUAUUCCUCAAUGUUUCAAUUGUGGCACGUUUUAGGAUAAUUGUUAAUUUUUUUUUUAUUUUUCUUUUAAUGCUUUCAAUUAAAUUAAUAAAAAAGGUGGGUUUUGAGCACGUGUUGAAAUUGGAGAUAUGAUUUAUUGCCUUUUCUCAAUAGUGUAAUGUCCAAAUUCAAUGGGGCACUCAAAAAGCUGAUGGGAUUUCGGGUUUUUUUCGAUAAAAAAAAU